ACGUCUCUUCCGCGUUCGGGUGAAGCUCCGGCUCCAGUCAGCGGCUCUUGUGGCUCCUCUUCCCCGGCUCUCAGGCUCUGUCCGCCCGCUGCCUCCGCUCCCGGGACCCGCCGCGCUCACCGGGCUCCCGCGGCCCUCUCCCCGGACCCUCCUCCGCCCCGUGCCCGCCCGCCGAUGCCCGGGGCCGGGAUGUCUUCUUACCUGGAGACGCCGAGCCCUGGACGGCAGCUCCUGGAUGACACGGUCCCGCUCAGCGCGACCAUCGAAGCGAGCCAGAACCUGCAGUCCCACACGGAGUACAUCAUCCGAGUGCAGAGGGGCGUCUCCUCAGACAACUGCUGGCAGGUGAUUCGUCGAUACAGCGACUUUGAUGCACUAAACUCCGCCCUCCAGGUGAGUGGGAUCUCUCUGCCGCUACCUCCCAAGAAGCUGAUUGGAAACAUGGACCGGGACUUCGUCGCCGAGAGACAGAGAGGACUGCAGGCCUACCUGGACUACAUUACCCAGCAUCCUCUGCUCUGCUCCUGCCUCAGCGUCAAGAGGUUCCUCGACCCCAACAACUACACCACCAACUACACAGAGAUCGCGCUGCAGCAGGUCUCCAUGUUCUUCAGGUCGGACCCCAAAUGGGAGGUUCAGGAGCCGCUCAAAGACAUGGGUUGGAGAAUCAGAAAACAAUACUUCAUGAUCAAAAACAAGGAACAGCCCAAAGAGAGAUACGUCCUCAGCUGGGUGGAUCUGGGUCCAGACAAGUUCCUCUCAGACAAAGAUCUACAGUCAGCUGUGAAACUGCUGUCUGCCCUGCCUGGGUCGGUGGUGGUGCCGGUGGUUUUCUUCAGUCUCAGUGAAUCUUCAGCUUUGAUCAUCAGAGCGUUCAGCGAGAGAGGCUCCCUCCGAGACCACAUCUGCAAGGUGAAGCCGAGGGAGUCGUACUUGAAGAAAUACUGUAACCCCAAAAAGAGCCAAGGUCUGGACCUGCCGUCCAUCAAACUGUACGGACGCACCAUCCUGGAGACCCUCAGGAUGCUCCACAGCUCUGGUCUGUUCUUUGGACAUCUUCACAGCUGUAAUGUUCUGGUGGAGGACGGUUCCGUGCGGCUGGUGGACCUGGAGGCUGGUCUCCUGGGAGUUCCAUCAGCGCUCAGACCUCUGUUCACCCAGUUCAGGAAAAUCAACACCACAGAGAGCGUAGAUAUGUUUUCUCUUUUCGGGGUGGUUCUGUAUGAGAUGACGUACGGACGUCCUCCAGACUCUGUCCCCGUCAACCAGUUUCCAGAUGUUCCACACCCCAGCGUAGGUUCAGUUCUUCAGUCUCUUCUGUCCACAGAGGCUCUGAAGUCUGGACUCCCCUCAGUCUCAGCGCUGCUACAAACGCCGUUGUUCAGUGAUGUUCCGCUGCAACAUUCAGAAAAACAACAGUUGAAGGUCCCCAGUCGGUUAAAAGAGGCUCUGAAGUCUGCCAAAGAGAAUCUAGAACGAAGACUACAAGAAGAACAGAGACAGCUCCAUCAGCACCGGCGUUUGACCCGGGCUCAGUCUCAUCACUGCUCCGACGAGGAGAGGAAGAGGAGGAAGCUGCUCGCACGGAAGAAAUCUCGACAGUCUGCGUUUGAGAACGAGGAGGAACUGUCUGUGCGGAACAACAACAACUCCGGUUCUGGGGCGAGUUCUCCUCCGACGUGCCCCUCGUCUCCUACGCCGCCCCCUACAGGCGCCGCCCCCCCUCCUCCUCCCCCCCCUCCCCCUGUGGCUCCUCCCCCUGUGGCUCCUCCCCCUGUGGCUCCUCCUCGCGGUCGGGCGGCUCUGCUCAGCUCCAUCCAGAGCUUCAGCAAAGUUCACCUGAAGAAGGCGGAGACGGCCGACCGCAGCCAGCCAAUCAUAUGACGGGAAACCGGGACAGGCCACGCCCCCGACCGGGACCCCAGCCAAUCACGUGAUAGGCACCCGAGCGCAAGCCACGCCCCCGACCAGGACUGCAGCCGCCAAAUACAGAGACUUCUCCACGAUGACCCGAGCUUCUCCAUGAUGACCUGAGCUCUUUUACAACGACCUGAGCUCUUCUACAAUGACCUGAGCUUCUCCACAGCGACCUGAGCUCUUCUACAACGACCUGAGCUUCUCCACAGCGACCUGAGCUCUUCUACAAUGACCUGAGCUUCUCCACAGCGACCUGAGCUCUUCUACAACGACCUGAGCUCUUCUACAACGACCUGAGCUCUUCUACAACGACCUGAGCUCUUCUACAACGACCUGAGCUUCUCCACAGCGACCUGAGCUCUUCUACAACGACCCGAGCUUCUCUACGACGACCCGAGCUUCUCCACAACGACCUGAGCAUUUCCACGACGACCUGAGCAUUUCCACGACAACCUGAGCUUCUCACGACUGAACGACCUGAGCUCUUCUACAACGACCUGAGCUCUUCUACAACGACCUGAGCUCUUCUACAACGACCUGAGCUUCUACAACGACCUGAGCUUCUCCACAGCGACCUGAGCUCUUCUACAACGACCCAAGCUUCUCUACGACGACCCGAGCUUCUCCACAACGACCUGAGCAUUUCCACGACGACCUGAGCUUCUCCACGACAACCUGAGCUUCUCCACAACGACCUGAGCUCUUCUACAAUGACCUGAGCUCUUCUACAAUGACUUGAGCUCUUCUAUAAUGACCUGAGCUCUUCUACAAUGACCUGAGCUCUUCUAUAAUGACCUGAGAUUCUCUACGACGACCUGAGCUCUUCUAUAAUGACCUGAGCUUCUCCACGCGACCUGAGCUCUUCUGCAACGACCCAAGCUUCUCCAAGACGACCUGAGCUCUUUUACAACGACCUGAGGUGUCUCACUGGAGGUUUGAGGAAAAUCCAUGUGUCAUUUGUUUUUCAAAAUAAAAAUAAAAAAAAUUUACAAAACAAAAAAAACUAAGAUUUUUAAAAUUACUUGUCUCCAAAACCGAAAUGGAAAAACAGAUAAUGGACUGAACCAGGACUGAACCAGGACUGAACCAGGACUAAAUCAGGACUAAAUCAGGACUAAACCAGGACUAAACCAGAACUAAAUCAGGUCUAAACCUGGACUAAACCAGGUCUAAACCAGGACUAAACCAGGACAAAACCAGGUCUAAACCAGGUCUAAACCAGGACUGAACCAGGACAGGACUGAACCAGAUCCAGGACCAGACCGUGAUUGAGACCGGGACUGAAAUUAGUUCAGUCCUGGUUCAGUCCCGGUUCAGUUUUCUGUUUUUUCCAUUUUUCAUUUAAACACAAAAUCGAAAACUGAAAAAACAAAUCUUUAUUUGUUUUUUGUUUUUUUUUUCAUUUUGGUUUUGGAGACAAAUAAUGAAGAAAAUCGUUGUUGUUUUUUCCUUUAUACUAUUUUUGGUUUUAUUUUGAAAAACAAAUGAACGAACGACACAUGGAUUCACCAAUCAGCAGGUCCCAACACUGCGCCAAACCAGACCAAGCCACGCCCCCCAGGCCACGCCCAAUGAAGCCACGCCCACCACUCUGCACUUUGGAGGACUUCCUGUCGGCGCUGUGCCCAUGUAUGGUCGUGUUCCUGCUGGAGGGGCCCGGGCUCAUGGACAAGUUUAAUAUCGUCGUUUUGAGAAGAUGAGAAGUUUAAACAUGACGAGUGAGACGUUUGUGACGUUUGUGACGUUUGUGACGUUUGUGACGUUUGUGACGGCGAAAAACACAAAUAAAUCAAAUAAAUCAAGACUUUCACUUCAGAGUCUCUGCACAGACCCGGGAUUAUUUCAGAGCUCAACUUUAAAUCACAAGUUUGAUCUAAAACGACGUCAAAAAGAAACAAGAGCCACGAGGACUGAACCGGGACUAGACCGGGACUAAACCGGGACUGAACCAGGACUGAACUUGGACUGAACCAGGACUAGACCAGGACUGAACUUGGACUGAACCAGGACUAGACCAGGACUGAACCGGUACUGAACCAGGACUGAACUUGGACUAGACCGGGACUAGACCGGGACUAAACCGGGACUGAACCUGGACUAGACCGGGACUGAACCUGGACUAGACCGGGACUGAACCUGGACUAGACCGGGACUGAACCUGGACUAGACCGGGACUAAACCGGGACUAGACCAGGACUGAACCAGGACUAAAACAGGACUGAACCAGAUCUGAACCGGGACUGAACAUGGUCCUGGUUUGGGACUUUGAUCCACGUCUUGGGCUCAGGUUGAACAUUUCACCAGUUUUCUGUGUAAACCUUGAUUCAGAAUGAUUAUUUCCACGUAAAGUCCACGGAGAAUAUUUACAUUUUUGAAUGAUUUAAUUAAAAUUUCAGAUGGUGUGAACGUGUGGAGUGAAGAAGAAGAAGAAGAGGAGCAGCUCAAAGUGUCAAAACGCUCCGAAGAAACUUGUCUGUGCGGAAAAAUCUGAACAAAACCCAAAGAAACAGAAACAUCAGCAACACUACGCCCAUAUAAGGACAAACCCCGCCCCCUACACACCUGACCACGCCCACUUCCUCUGUAAAUAAAAACAAAUAAAAGAGAUUGUUCUAUUGUCAAAA